AGAAAACAAAAUAGCUCACGGAGUUAUAUAUUUUGAUUUUACGUUUUAAACGAUAGACUGUCUGUAUUUCGACCAGAGUUUACAGAGACAGUAAUGAAUGAAGUUUAUUAUACAGUAAAAAAAUGAUACUGUUUAUAUGCACAUAUGUAUAAUUGGAAGUGGGCGUGGGGAUACAUGCUAUUCGUUAUAAUUUUUCUCCCUAUUCUUCUUUGUAUACAUUACAAUCUUGGUAGCUGUCUUCUCUCUCUCUCUCUCUCUCUCUGUGGUUGCAGCAUCACUUUCUUGUCCAAGACCUCUUCUCUCUCACUGCACUCACAAAUUCUGACGAAAAUUCCUGCUAACUGUUUUCCAACACAUAUUCACUUCUCUCUCUUACGGGUUUCCUUUUUUUUUUUAACUGUAAAAUUUUCUUGGUAAAAAGAAAAAGAAGUGUUUUCCGGCAAUGGAAGCCGGUUCUUCUCCGGGAGAGAAUUGUUCUGUUAAAGUGGCAGUUCACAUCAGGCCUCUUAUAGGAGAUGAAAGCCUUCAGGGCUGUAAAGAUUGUGUUACUGUAGUCUCUGGGAAGCCUCAGGUGCAAAUUGGCACGCAUUCCUUUACCUUCGAUCAUGUCUAUGGAAGUACAGGGUCUCCUUCUUCUACCAUGUAUGAAGAGUGUGUUUCUCCUCUUGUUGAUGGCUUGUUUCAAGGAUAUAAUGCAACUGUUCUUGCCUAUGGUCAGACGGGUUCAGGAAAAACGUACACUAUGGGCACUAGUCUCAAAGAUGGAUGCCAAACGGGAUUGAUUCCCAAAGUUAUGAAUGCAUUAUUCAGCAAGAUUGAAACUUUGAAGCACGAGAUCGAAUUCCAAUUGCAUGUUUCAUUCAUUGAGAUACACAAAGAGGAAGUCCGAGACUUGCUAGAUCCCAGUUCUGCUAGCAAAUCAGAGACAGCAAAUGGACAUGCAGGGAAAGUAACAAUUCCCGGGAAAGCUCCCAUACAAAUUCGUGAAACAUCAGAUGGUGUUAUUACCCUUGCUGGAUCUACUGAACGCAGCAUUAAUACGCUAAAAGAAAUGGCAGAUUGCCUGGAACAAGGGUCACUAUGCAGGGCAACGGGGAGCACAAACAUGAACAAUCAGUCAAGUCGGUCUCAUGCCAUCUUCACCAUCACAGUGGAGCAGAUGCGUAAACUUCAUCCAGGUGUUUCUAGUGAUGAGAAUCUCAAUGACUGUAUGACUGAAGAAUAUCUUUGUGCCAAGUUGCAUUUGGUGGAUCUUGCUGGAUCAGAGAGAGCCAAGAGAACAGGCUCUGAUGGCCUCCGUUUCAAAGAAGGAGUUCACAUUAAUAAGGGCCUUCUUGCACUCGGUAACGUCAUUAGUGCACUUGGUGAUGAAAAAAAGAGAAAAGAAGGUGUUCACGUGCCAUAUCGGGAUAGUAAACUUACUCGACUACUGCAGGAUUCUCUUGGUGGCAACAGCAGAACAGUCAUGAUAGCCUGCAUUAGUCCUGCUGAUAUAAAUGCCGAAGAAACUCUUAACACACUAAAAUAUGCUAAUCGUGCUCGUAAUAUCCAGAAUAAGCCUGUGAUUAACAGAGAUCCAAUGUCCAGUGAAAUGCUCAAGAUGCGACAACAGCUAGAGUAUUUGCAAGCAGAACUUUGUACCCGCACAGGAGGAGUUUCAUCAGACGAAGUACAGGUUCUUAAGGAUAGGAUUGCUUGGCUUGAGGCUACCAACGAGGAGUUGUGUCGGGAACUUAAUGAAUAUCGUAACGGCAGGAGUGGUAUCGAGCAAUGUGAUGCUGAUGCUAAUGUUGAUUGCAACUAUUCUGUAAAAAGUGAAGAGCUCAAAAGGGGAUUGCAAAGUAUGGAGUCAUCUGAUUACCAGAUGAGUGAAAAUGGUGAUUCAGGAGAUAUUGAUGAAGAUACAGCGAAAGAGUUGGAACAUACCUAUUUGCAAAAUACGAUGGAUAAAGAAUUAAACGAGUUAAAUAGGCGUUUGGAGCAGAAAGAGUCGGAGAUGAAACUUUGUGGAGGUAGUGGUACGACGGCUCUCAAGCAACACUUUGGAAAGAAAAUUAUGGAACUUGAAGAGGAAAAACGGACUGUCCAGCAAGAGAGGGAUAGACUGUUGGCAGAAGUUGAAAACCUUUCUGCUAAUUCUGAUGGACAAGCACAGAAGUUGCAGGAUAUGCAUUCUCAGAAACUAAAAGCGCUUGAAGCACAGAUACAAGAUCUUAAAAGGAAACAAGAGAAUCAGGUUCAGCUUUUAAAGCAGAAGCAGAAAAGUGAUGAAGCAGCAAAAAAAUUACAAGAGGAAAUUCAAUGCAUCAAGGCACAAAAGGUUCAAUUGCAACAUAAGAUUAAACAAGAAGCUGAACACUUCCGACAAUGGAAAGCAUCUCGAGAAAAAGAAUUAUUGCAGUUGAGGAAGGAAGGGAGAAGAAAUGAAUAUGAAAGGCAUAAACUGCAAGCUCUGAAUCAGCGACAGAAAAUGGUUCUUCAGAGAAAGACGGAAGAGGCUGCAAUGGCGACCAAGCGGCUGAAAGAGUUGCUAGAAGCACGUAAGUCGUCAGCUCGUGACAAUUCAGUGACAAGCAACGGAAAUGGAUUGAAUGGGCAGAGCAAUGAGAAAUCCUUGCAACGUUGGCUGGAUCAUGAGCUAGAAGUCAUGGUGAAUGUUCAUGAAGUUCGUUUUGAGUAUGAGAAGCAGAGCCAAGUGCGAGCUGCAUUGGCAGAAGAACUAGCUGUUUUGCGGCAAGUUGAUGAAUUUGCUUCAAAGGGUGUUAGCCCCCCUCGGGGUAAAAAUGGAUAUUCUAGGGCAUCUUCAAUGUCCCCUAAUGCAAGAAUGGCAAGAAUCGCUUCUCUUGAGAACAUGCUAAGUAUUUCGUCAAAUUCACUUGUUGCAAUGGCUUCACAGCUUUCCGAGGCAGAAGAACGAGAUCGUGCUUUCAAUAGCCGUGGGCGCUGGAAUCAGCUGCGCUCUAUGGGGGAUGCAAAAAACUUGCUCCAAUAUAUGUUCAAUUCUUUGGGGGAUACAAGGUGUCAGUUGUGGGGAAAGGAAAUUGAAAUCAAGGAGAUGAAAGAGCAGCUGAAGGAACUUGUAGGUUUAUUGCGGCAGAGUGAAGUCAGAAGGAAGGAAGUUGAGAAGGAGCUAAAAUUGAGAGAGCAAGCUGUAGCGAUUGCAUUAGCAUCAACACCUCCUGAAAACUAUCACAAACAUGUAGCUGAUGACAUGGGCAGUCCUUUGUCGCCAAUUCUUGUGCCAGCUCAGAAACAACUCAAAUAUACAGAAGGAAUUGUUAAUGGUUCAAUCAGAGAGUCAGCAGCCUUCAUGGAUCAAACACGAAAGAUGGUACCCAUUGGACAGUUGUCGAUGAAGAAAUUAGCACUUGUCGGGCAUGGUGGGAAACUCUGGAGAUGGAAGAGGAGCCAUCAUCAGUGGCUGUUACAGUUCAAAUGGAAAUGGCAAAAACCAUGGAGACUUUCGGAAUUGAUUAGACACAGUGACGAGACAAUCAUGAGGGGGAAGCCUCGUCCACAGUCUCUUCCAGAUGUUAUGUAUAGGAACAGUCGCUAGCUUAUAAAUUUCACGAUGUACAUUCUUUUCUGACCAAUUUCAGCCCCAAUACAUAGCACAGGGAUGUGCAUGGAAAUAAGUACAGGGUAAGGUACAAGUGGCAGUCAGAGAAGUUUGCUUGUAGCUGGUAGAAAUGAAUAUAACACGAAAUGGUUUGUUUACCUCGGAAUUUUGUAACUACGGUUACUCUUACUCAUUAGCAAGUCUUAUGAAUUGGUGCAAUUGCUGGAUGAUUUCACUCAAGUUAUUAGAGGGACGAUUGGAUGAACUGUGGGAGAUUUGUCAUUUGCCGAAGAUGUUUGAUUUUUCACCUCUCUGUGGUUUCCGAUGUUGUGUAUAUUUCUUGUCCAACGUCAACUUUUGUGAAGGAAAUUUUCGUGCAGACACAGUAGCUGUUUCAAUUUCUUGAAGUUUUUUGUGAAUUUUUCAGGGGGCGAAUUGGCCUACAUAGUAUUGUAUGUUGUGUGUUAGUUCAGUAUUGAUGUCGUUCAAAAGAAAAAAAAACUUUGCUACAUUCCUCGAUUCUAAAAUAGGUUAUUCUUUUGUGGA